CACGCGCGCGCACACACACACACACACACACACACACACACACACACACGCGGAGAUUGAGGGAGGGUCUCCGCGCGCUCGACUCUCAGUUUCAUUGACUUCAUCCCAAACUCGGAUGAACUUUAGUUUUGACUGAUUCCUCUUCUCACUUUCUGUCAUCUUCACCUUUUCGGUGCGUCAAGAGUAGCCUCGUGGGCUGCCUCAGACGGACGGACAGCCUCGGCUCACGCACGAGACAAGAGCAACAGGAGGUUUCACGAGCGACUCACAUCGGACCAAGAAGGACUUUUUUUUUAAAGAGAGACUUUUGGGAGCAAACUUUUGGCUGUUUUAUCUUCUUUGGUCGGCACGGUUCUUGUUUAACAUCUGUCCGGUGUCGACUGGACUUUCCAAACUGACCCGGGAUAUCUGCUGUCUGACCCGGGAUAUCAUCUGUCAGGGCGUUACACUUGUCCUCCGUAAUGCGUCCCUCAGUGGACAGCAUGUGUGCCCGCUGCAGCCUGGUCCUGGUCCUGGUUCAGGCUUUGGUUCUCGUCACUCCUGCAGGAGGAUACAAUCUGGAUGAGGAACACAGUCUGGAGUUCAGUGGUCCCACAUCCUCCAUGUUCGGAUACUCAGUCCUGCUGCAUCGCCUUGGAGGUCAAAAAUGGUUGGUGGUUGGAGCCCCAGAAGCAAACUCUACCUCCAGACCAUCCGUGCAAUCCCCCGGAGCGCUCUACCGUUGUGACAUUACUGCGGAGCACCGCCGCUGUCAUCACAUGCGCGCUGACGUUUUGGACUGUGGGAAGACGUGUGAAGCAGAAAGUGAUCAUCAGUGGCUGGGAGUCAGUCUGUCCAGACAACCUGGAGACAACGGAGGACACGUCCUGGCUUGUGCUCAUCGCUGGAAAAACGUCUUCCACUCAAAGAAAGACGGUCAGAACAACAAGCUGCCUAAUGGAGUCUGUUAUCGCUUUGGUGAAGACCUGAGACACGCCCACCACAUGAUCCCAUGCUACAGAGACCACCAGAGGAAGUUUGGUGAGGAUUAUGGGUCAUGUCAGGCCGGCAUUUCCAACUUCCUGACAGAGGAUCUGAUAAUCAUGGGGGCACCGGGGACGUCUUAUUGGACGGGUUCAGUUCUGCUCUUUAACACGUCCAGCGGAGGGUUGUCAGUGUACCUGGAUGACGACACUGGAGCUGUCAGCUUCGGAAGCUACCUGGGUUACUCUGUUGGAGCUGGUCAGUUCCUCGGUCCUGGUACUGUGGAGGUGUUGGGAGGAGCUCCACAAUACAACCAAAAGGGCAAGGUCUUCAUCUUCACCAUAAACGGCAACAUGCUGCGUGUCAUCUCUGAAGUGUCCGGAAAAGAGCUGGGAUCUUACUUCGGCUCCAGUGUGUGCGCGGUGGAUCUGAAUGCUGAUGGUUUGUCGGACCUGUUGGUCGGUGCUCCCAUGGCCACAGGCGUCACCAGGGAGGAGGGAAGAGUCCAUGUGUACAUCAAUCAGGGGGAGGCCAAGCUGGUGGAGGCGGAGUUUCAGCUGACUGGUAAAGACGCCUACGCUGCCCGGUUUGGAGAGACCAUCGCUGACCUGGGAGACCUGGACGAUGACGGUUACCCCGAUGUGGCGAUUGGUGCCCCGCAGGAAGACGACCUUAAAGGAGCGGUCUACAUUUACAACGGCAGGAAGGAUGGCAUCUCUCCCACUCCGUCUCAGAGGAUUACUGGAUCCACCCUUGGCCGUGACCUCAGGAUGUUCGGACAGUCGCUCAGCUCAGGCAUUGACAUUGAUGAUAAUGGCUAUCAGGAUGUUGCUGUUGGUGCGUUCCUCUCAGACUCAGCUGUAGUUCUCAGGACCCGCCCCGUGAUUCAGGUGAAGGCGUCUCUGGUUCUGCCUGAACAGAUUGACAAGCAGGUGGCGCUGUGCCAAGAACACAAGACUCCGACUGUCUGCCUCAAUGUCACCGUCUGCUUCAGCGUCAGUUCCAGACAUUUCAAAGGAGCGAUCGAUCUUCAAUAUAACUUGAUCUCUGACCUCCUCCAUAAGCCGUCUUUCCCCCAUCGAUUUUAUUUCCAUAGUAACGGGUCUUCAAACAGCACAAGAGGGCGUGUGAGGGCCCGAUUAGGCCAAGUCAACUGUGCAACACACGUGGCUUACCUCAGGAAAGACGUGAAGGACAUUUUUACUCCAGUCCAGUUUGAGGUUUCCUACAGUCACAGAGAAACAAGCCCCCACCGAUCCUCCUCCAGAACCUUCCCUCCAUUAAAACCCAUUCUGCAGCAGAGCACAGGACACCAGAACACUAUCACCAACCAGACUUGGUUUUCUCGCUCCUGUUCUCUAGUGAACUGUUCCACCAACAUGCAGCUUUCUGCUCAGCUAGUGCUGCCAGAUCAGCAGCCGUACUUCGCUCUCGGCUCUGGAGAGACCAUCUCGUUGAAAACCUCGUUGCUGAACUCUGGAGACGACGCCUUCCUGCCACGAGUGACGCUGCGGUUCCCCGACAAUAUUCACUACGUCAAAGUCCUGCACAAUGAGGACAACAGCAUCAGCUGUGACGUCACACAGGAAGACAACAGCACAACAGUCAGUGUAACCUGUGGUGCUACAAGCCUCCUCCUUCCAGCCAACGCCCAGUUGAAUAUCAGCUUCCUGUUGCAUGUUAGCCAGAACAGCACACCUGGUGACAUCAUCAUCCACGUCAACACCAGCAGCGAUAACUACGAGCGGGACGAGUAUCUCCGUGACAACGCCAUCAGUCUCCUCCUGCCUCUCAAAAAUGAGAUCAACAUGAACAUCCAUGGUUUUGUGACUCCCACCACGUUCGUGUUUGGAGAUGAAGACUUGACUCCAGUUGACUGCUACCCUGAGAGAUUCAACUACACAUACAAGGUGUUGAACUCUGGUCCCAGCAGGUCUGUAGAUACUGUGGUUGAAAUCACUCUGCCGAAGAUCCUCACACCGUACCGACACAGACUGCUGCAGGUGGUCGACUGGCAGUCGUCUCUGGGUGUGUGCUCACUCAGCGAUACGACCGUCUCGGUCAUUGAAGACUGCGAGGUCCCCGAGGCUUCCUUCAUCAAGCAGCUCGUCUUCUUUUUUUCAUCGACGACAACCCGCAGAAUGUUUUGUGGCCGUGGUGAUGAGCUGUGUGAGCGGUUGGUGUGUCGUCUUGGUAACCUGGAAUCAGGAAGAGAAGCUAGCAUCCAGCUGGAGAUCAAAGUGAACCCCGAUGUACUUCUACAAGCUCCGGGUCGUCAUGGCAUCAUGAGGAUGGAAAGCACAGCGACGAUGUCAAAUCCCAGAGAAGGUCCUCACACAGUCUUUAUCCAUGAACAACGAGCAGCAGAGGUGGUGGUGGAAGCUCUUUUCGCACAGAAGCCCUCGACAUUAGUGAAGAUCUUCAUCAUCGUGGUCAGUCUAGUUUUGGGUCUGUUGAUCCUGUCUGCUCUUAUCUGGUGUCUGUGGAAGGCUGGAUUCUUUAAGAGGGACUUCCAGAAGAAUAAAGAGGAGGAGAAGUUCAAAAGAGACAGCUGGGACUAUGUUCCUAAAAAUGACAAACGAGAGAGCACUUCCUAAUCCUGAGCGUCACCUCCGGCUAUCACCGCUGAUAUCUGAACACAGAGUGGAGCUUCACGUGGUGACUGUGCAACAGUCACUAAUAAACUGAUGGAUGGGAUGCCGUGUGUGAAAAUAUGGCUACCCCGUUUCUUUGAAAACAGAAGGAAGUACGACUGUUGGACCUCAUCAGCCAAUGAAAUCUGUCCAGACUGUGUCAGGUGGUUUACAGCCACACUGAGACAACACAGACACGUCUCGAGUGUGACGGCUCAUUAACUGUCUCCCAAACACGUCUGAAUCCGACUGUGCCUUAAAUGAAAUAUUUCUGCUUUGAUGUGCCGUCACAAAGUUAAAAGACUUGAAGAAGACUGCAGCAAUUGAUGAAUGAAGGAUUAAAAAAAGGCAAAUGGACGAAUAAGGAGGUCUCGGGGCUUCCCUGGGAUGUGGCCUGAGGCCUCCAUUUUUGGAUUUUUUAAAAGGAAACCAACCAAAGGAAGAGACUUCUUGAUGACCUUUGAUCUGAGGGGGCGGCAACCUGGCCUCUGAUUGGCUCAAACUCUCUGGAAAACCUCCUUUUUGUCUGGGUGCUUAGUCUUAUGAUGUUUUUGUUUACCUGCUGACCAACAUGUUAUGCACUGGCCACACACACACACACACACACACACACACACACACACACACACACACACACACACACACACA